AAAAUAAAAAGUACGUAAAGGGUUUCUUGGAAUCUGCUAGAGCUUAGUCCUCGUUGUCUCCACUUUGACUUGCCCUAUAAAACCCACAAAUAUUACUGUACCCCAGUCAUCUUUCUGCCUAAGGAAAAACUCCCAAUUUCACAAUCUCUCUCGAGUCUAGAUCCAAGCCCCAAAGAAUUCAAUCAUGAGUUACUACAAUCAACAACAACCCCCUGUUGGUGUCCCUCCCCCGCAAGGAUAUCCACCGGAAGGUUACCCUAAGGACGCAUACCCACCACCGGGGUACCCACAACAGGGUUACCCACCACAGGGGUACCCUCAACAAGGUUACCCUCCUCAAGGGUACCCUCCCCAGUAUGGUGCUCCACCCCCUCAACAACAACAGCAACAAUCUGGUAGCACUGGCUUCAUGGAAGGAUGUUUGGCUGCACUGUGCUGUUGCUGUCUCCUAGAUGCAUGCUUCUGAUGAUGGGUUGGCGGCAGAAAUUGAUGCAACCAGUAUGGUUUUGUGAGGCGGCCUCAUCUAUAUGGAUUAUUAAUCUAGAUUUUUUUUUCUUUCUUCUGUUUUGUCCUUGCUGUCUUGUCCUCGAUCUCGAUAAAUAAUUGGAUAUUCAAUAUGACGAUGCACCUUUAAUGUGGUGAAGAGUUCAAAUGUCUAUUUCCCCAAUUAUAGGUUAUGUACAUUGUGUGAGAUUCUAUCUUGUUUAUGUUUUGGACCUCAACUAUGUGAGUGCACCUUGAUUUAUUUAAGAAUUUAAUUCUUCAAGUGACUA